AUGGCUCUUCAGCAGCCGCAGCAACAUAAGCAGCAUUCAAAACAGAAACAACCUGCUACUUUACGUCAACAACAAAAACAACAAACACAGCGUGGACAACAGCAACAUCUACAGCAACCGCUACCUAUAUCCUCAUCACUUCUUGUCUCCAACACCGGUAGAAAGAGUAACACUGAGAAUACUGAGACUUUUGCCAACUAUCACUGCAACAACAGCACAUCUCGAAAGACCAGCGUUGGGUGCAACAGGGAUACGACGUUUAGUAAGCCCUCACACGACACUCCAUCUACAUUGAGUCUCAGCAGCGCAUCCUUAUCUGCUCAGCUGAAAUCAAGCCCAACGGGCGGUUCAAAUCCACAAAAGCCGGUUGCAAUUGUUAAGAACAGCACCUUGGCCUCCUCUGUUCUCUCUACGGACACUGGAAGCGAGAGCUCCCGCUCCUCAGGUGGUGGCUAUAGCAAUGGCUCGAUGAGCCAGGACAACUUGACUCAAACUGUAAGGGCGCAGUUGGCCUCCACCUCCAAAUCGGCAGACUCGUCUGGAACAGAGGAUGUACUAGAUCUGAAAGUUGAUGAAGCAAGAGCAGGAGAUGAGCAGACAGGAUCUAUUUUCCGGUUGGGAUUCACAAAUCGGUGUCAGGAUCAUCUCAAAGUGUUCUUUUCCAUGCACCAUAAACUAUUUGAUUUAGUUGCGUUCUACGUUGUCAUGUUUGCUAUCAAUGGCCAAAUGACCUCACUACCAACACGGCUCGAGUGGAUCGGAUUCUGUGUUCAGUCAAUUGUAGCAUUGCGAAGGGCAUUUCAGACAUCGAUCAAACAUGGGCUUGGCCUAACUUCAUUCUUGGGUAUGCUCGACCUCCUCGUUGGCCAAUUAUUUCUGCAUCAGGAUCGACUUGGCUUGUUGCCAACGGUUGCCAACAUUCUAGUAUACUUUUAUGUGAUCAAUCUUACACGAGGCUUAGUCUUUGGUGAUUCAGUCUCUUGUCUGCUUUGGUUCUUGUUUGGGCUCGUUGACAUUUAUCGCAAGGAUCCCUCUUCAGCUUCUAUCAUCGAUCUCACGGCUUACAGAGUCAUUCCAGUGCAUACUGUCGGAUUUGGUUUAUAUAUCCUCAUGUCGGAGUUGGUGGAUGUCAUGCUACAUAGUACUGAGCCGGAUCCUAUCCAAGGUCGAUAUCUCAACUAUGUAGGUACACAAAAAGAAGGUCCAGUGUCUUUGAGAUCGUCAUCCAAGCGUACGUCCUCGACACGCUCAGUAGAUCCUUCCAGCAAUCUUCGAUUUGAGCUCUGCAUAACAGAAAUCACGCCUUUCACUGUUUCAUUUUGCCUCAAUGCUCUGUCAGAAACGCCAUCUCAGGAUCAAUCGAUGGCGCAGAACUCAUCUGUAAAUACUUCAUCAUCAGUAACACCGGAGACAAACGCAGCAGGGGGUUUAGAAGUUGUGCCUGAAACUGUGGACCUUUCAUCUAUUAAAAUCGGACCCGCUAGUAGUUCAUCUUCAUCACGACAAUCCAAGACGACAUCGACUCCUAAGAUUAUUUCAACUUCAGAGAUUGUGAUACACGUUAAUUACAUUCCUUGGCACCAAGUUCAGUAUCACUUUCCGGACGAGCAAAGCUUUACGGUAUACGGCCUCACUCCAUCGACAGACUAUGAGAUUGAGAUGAAAGUUCAUCAAUUCUCUAGCUUUGUGAGCAGAGUUGGUACCCGUGCAGCGCCACCUGGGAUGCCCAUGCCGGUAAGAAGCUCUGUAAAGCAAGAAAAACCGGCUGAGCCUGCCUCCAAAGUUAGAAACCGGAAAAAUAAAAAAAACCAAAAGAGCCAACAAGAUCCUUCAGAGAAGGGAAUGGAGACGAAUCGGUCCAAGGCAACAGGAGCGACGAAUGUGGCGGCAGCAUCUUUAUCAAACUCAGUAAUAGAAAAUCCUUUGACAAUGCUUCCAGGCGAUCCUCACUCUGAGACGGCUUCUAAUCAGCCCGUGGAGUGCACUGCAGCAAGAGAACAAAAAAACACCAACCAAUUACUUUUCGAACAACUUCAGGCAUCUAUUCAGGCAUCAGUGGAUGCUGCAAACGCUACUAAAGUUGCUCUUAAAAAGUUAAGGCGGGAUCAGAACAAAAGUGAGUCUCUAUUACGGCAGGAGUUAGAGGGCAUUGGUCGAGGGCAAUCCAAGGCUCUGAUACAGGAUCAAAAGCGCCGACAAAAACUCUCCUUUGUACAAGAGUCGAUCAAGCAGGCAGACGCCCAUGCGUCCGCUCUCCAAGAGGAGUUAUUAGAACUACGCCAAUCGACACUUUCUACUCAACCAAAGCUGGAAGACACAAUGCAGGCCAUCCAAACAUUGGAACAACAGGUUCAAUCAACUUUAGCCAAUACCAAGUCGGAAAUUAUGCCCUUAAAGACUGAAUGUCAGCGCCUUCAAACUGAGAUCAAGCGACUAGAAACAGAACAAUCUGAUUGGGCAUCUAAAACGACGCAGUUGCACGAAAAUGAGGUGGCUCCCCUCCAAUUGAGACUGCAGCGAUUAGAACAACAACAAGUUGUAUGGAAAGUUGCAGCAGAAGCCAGUAAGGAGAAGGCUCGUGAAGCUAAUCUUAGGAUCGCAGCUUUGGAAGAGGAAGUUCAGAAAAAAAGUUUGCAAGCGCAGCAACUAGAAAAUGAGAUUCAAAUGUUAGGACAGGAGAAUGCUCAGCUUAUGGAAUCUGUUGAACAGGCCAUGGAAUUGUGGGAGAGCCUUGAACGUGAGCCAGAUCCAGAUGUAGAUUUAGAUGUAAACAUGGAGAAGACGGUGCAAGGAAGCUCGUUACUCUCUCAGCAGUUUCCCCAAAUACCUCUUCCCCCUUUGCGUCCAAAACAACUUAAUCCUCUUGGUGAUUCGAUUGAAGGCAAUACGCAUGAUGCAUAUUGGGCCUCAGCAAGUCAAGGAGUUGAUUCGGAUAGUAACUUAUGGCUGAGUUUAAUCAAUCCGUUGAACGGGAGCAGUGCAGACGGAGGUCAGCCUCACUCGCGGACUAAUGGAAUGAAGACUCAUACCUUUGACCCAAUAGUGACUGAAUCGUUGUGGGAUUUGUCGUCUAAAUCUACGCGCAUUGAAUAA